UUAUUGCCAUCAAAUUAAUCCCUCAGUCAGCAAAGAGAAAAAAAAAAUGGCUACAACCCCAACCCGCCGCGUGAGUACUACUGCCAACGCAAAGAUGCUCUCCAACUAUGUACCCGUCUACCUGAUGCUUCGUGUAUAUAGCGAUUACAUGAAGAGUUUUAGAGAAAACAUGUCGGACUUCCUAGAGGCUGGGCUGAUAACAGAUAUUGAAGUAGGGCUUGGUCCAUGUGGCGAGCUCAGGUUCCCCUCUUACCCACAAAAUCAAGGUUGGGUCUUUCCAGGCAUUGGAGAAUUUCAGUGCUACGACAAGUAUCUAAAAUCACAAUUCAAAGAGGCUGCAACAGCAGUUGGACACCCAGAAUGGGAAUUACCAGACAAUGCAGGGACAUACAAUGACACACCUGAAGCUACAGAAUUCUUUGGAGAAAAUGGAACGUAUCUCACUGAGAAGGGAAAAUUCUUCCUAACAUGGUAUUCUAAUCAGUUACUAAAGCAAGCAGAUGAGAUCCUUGAAGAAGCCAAUCAGGCUUUCCUUGGGUGUAGAGUCAACUUAGCAGCAAAAGUAUCUGGAAUCCACUGGUGGUAUAAACAUUACAGUCAUGCUGCAGAGCUUACUGCUGGUUACUACAACUUGAGCAAACGUGAUGGAUACCGGCCCAUAGCCAGGAUGCUAUCAAGGCACUAUGCUAUUUUGAACUUUACAUGCAUUGAGAUGAGAGACUCUGAACAAAGUGAAAAUACUAAAAGCGCACCUGAGGAUCUUGUUCAGAAGGUUUUUAGUGCAGGUUGGAGGGAGAACUUGGAUGUCGCAGGUGAGAAUGCCAUAUCAAGAUAUGACAGUACAGCUUAUAAUCAGAUCCUGAAAAAUGCUAGACCAAAUGAUGUCAAUAAAACUGGCCCACCAAAACUGCGUAUGAUUGCUAUGACAUACCUCCGGCUAUCAGAUGAUCUACUAGAAGAGAGCAAUCUUAGUUUAUUCAAGAAAUUUGUGAGGAAAAUGCAUGCUGACCACGUAGGGAAAGGGAAUUCACUUUCUAUUGUGAAUUUAAAUAUAUUUGUCUUCGCGCUGGAUAGUAAGACUUGAUCAAUGUUGAGUGUUGAACGAAAUCUAUUCUUUUCAGGAUUACUGUCCAGAACCGGAAAAGUACUACCACCACC